UUUACACGGUGCUAACUGCGCCGUGUAAGAAAGAACCAUUUAACUCACACGUAUCGUAAUGUACUAUUCUCCUUCCAUUAUAGAAACUUGCAAAUUCACUGAAAAAAUUGUCAAACGCUUGCAACUUCCAGAAAAUUUUCUAAAUACUUAUAAAUAUACGUAAGUGAAUGUAGUGAAACCUAAUAAAGAAAUGUUGAGUUUUAAAGUUCAGCAGAUAAGGUUAAAUCAGCUGAUUAGGGGUUAUCAAAAAAUAAGAUUUUACUAAAAGAUAUACAAUUACAACUUUUCAAAAUUAUUACUUAAAUCCGCACUUUCGCCGUCACUUAUCACGCAUUAUUGAAGUGACUUAUACCUUAAAAUUAAUAACUAGGGUGUUAACAUUAAUAUAAUUAACGACUGUACGACAAGUGUGUAUUAAAAUAUUAAUUUUAAAAAGUGCAACUUAUUUUCAAAGCUUUAUUCCUUAGUUUUAAGUUUUUGAGUAAAAUCUUAUUUUUGAUAAUCGACUGAUUCAACCGUACCUGCUGAACUUUAAAACUUAAUAUUUUUUCAACUGAUUUCGUUGCAUUCAUUAAUGUGUAAUUUUUAGUAUACAAAAAAAAUGUUCAAGGUUUGAAACUUUUAAAAAUGUAUUUUAAAGUUAAAAUUAGCAUCAUAAUACAAAGAUACAAAUAUAGACAAUAAUACAAAGAUAUACUUAUGUGGAUAAGGUCAACAUUUAUCAUUGCUACUAUUAAUAGAUUGUCAAAAGUAUUUUUUUUUAUAAUAUCACACUUACUUAUUACUUACAAUCUCUUGCAUUUUUAUGCUUUUAUACGCAUUAUAGACAUUUAUUGAUUUAAAAAUUAAACCAAAUGAAGUCAUUGUAUUAACUGAUUUAUACAAAAGUGUAAUGAAACUGUGAUAACAUUUAAAAAAGGUAUAAAACCCCAUAAAAUGGCACAAAAUACUAUAGUUUGUUACAUUUUCUUAAAUUUUAUUACUUUUUUUAAAGUUUUUAAUUUCCAGUAGGGGAGAGUUUGGAAAAAUUUUAAUUUACAGAUUUACACAAUAAUGUACAACGCAAAUUCUAAAUUUUAUUUUGACACAUAAUCGUACAUGUUUUGGUUGCCCGAUUAUGUGUUAUAAAAAACAAUAUCUAUACUCGGAAAAUAUACUUAUAUGUAUUUGUACUAUUAAUUUUUGACUUGAACGAAUACGACAAAAAAGUGGGAGAAAACUCGUUUGCUCAACGAUUGGAGAGUGGGGUAAUCUUACCAUUAUAACAGCACUCUGCAAAGACCUACAGAAGUCACGAACCAUACGGUUAUAUUUUAUUUAAUAAAAAGAGUAGUAUUUUUAAUUGCCUUUUUAAGUAUUAUUCUCAAUUUAUCAAUUUACAAUAUGGGCGAGUUAAGUUCUAUACAAAAAUUUUAUUCAGCUAAAAAUAUUAUGAUUACUGGUGGCACAGGAUUUAUGGGUAAAGUCUUAAUUGAAAAAUUAUUGCACAGCUGCAGUGAUCUUAAUGCUAUAUACAUUAUACUACGUCCAAAGCGUGGUAUUAGUCCAGCAUUACGAAUCAACAAUAUGUUAAAACUACCGAUGUUUAGCAGAAUUAGAGAAUCCAAACCAGAUGUCGUUAAUAAAGUUAUAGCUAUUCCUGGAGAUAUAACUUUACCAAAUCUAGGAUUGAGUGAUGAAAAUAAGAAAAUAUUGGAAAAAUUAAAUGUUGUGUUUCAUUGUGCAGCAACAUUAAGGCUGGAAUCUAACUUAAAGGAUGCUGUGUUAAUGAAUACGGUUGGUACGAAAACUGUUCUGGAUAUGGCAAAGACACUAAGAAAUUUAGUCGCUUUCAUACAUCUUAGUACAGCAUUUUGUCAUGUUGAUCAAGAAGAACUUUGUGAACACGUUUAUGAAAGUCCUUAUAAUCCGCAUGACGUUAUUAAACUUGUAAACUGGUUGGAUGAAAAGUCACUGAAAUUAAUCACAUCAAAAAUCAUUGAGCCACAUCCAAACACAUAUACAUUCUCUAAACGCUUAGCUGAAACAUUGGUUGAUGAAGCCUUUUUAAAUUUGCCUUGUGCUAUCGCACGUCCUUCAAUCGUUACUCCUUCUUGGUCGGAACCUUUACCAGGAUGGGUUGAUAACUUAAAUGGACCCGUUGGAUUAAUUGUUGGUGCAGGAAAAGGAGUAAUAAGGUCAAUGCAUUGUAAUGCAAAUUUCCAUGCUGAAGUAAUUCCGGUAGAUCUCGCAAUUAAUGCAUUAAUAUCUAUCGCGUAUAAAGUUGGGACAACAAUAGAGAAAACAAAGAAAAUUCCGGUAUUCAACAUUACCCAAAGUGGUGUAAUGCCAAUCACAUGGGGUGAAGUAUUAGAAAAAGGAAAAUCCGUAGCGUAUGAUUACCCAUUCGAGGGUGCAAUAUGGUAUCCAGAUGGAGAUAUUAGAAGCAGUAAAUUCGUACAUAAUCUUUUUGUGCUAUUUUUUCAUAUUAUUCCGGCAUACUUUAUAGAUUUUUUGAUGGUGAUAUUUCAUCAAAAACGUUUCAUGGUUCGUUUGCAGAAACGUAUAUCAGAUGGACUUGAAGUACUACAAUAUUUUACGACACGAGAGUGGAUUUUUCAUAAUACAAACUUGCUCACACUAUGGAAUGAGAUGAGCAAGAAAGAUCGAUUAAUUUUUUCUAUCGAUUUUUUCAAUAUCAAUGAAAUGGAGUACAUAAAAAAUAUUAUUCUUGGGGCUAGACAGUACUGUAUGAAAGAAAAACUGUCUAGCCUUGAAAGAGCCCGCAGGCAUCAAAAAAUGUUAUACAUUGUCCACUGCAUAGCAAUAUACACAUUUUACUUAUUUAUGCUACAUUUGUUAAUAAGCAAUUUCCAAGGAGCUUCGUACAUGUUGCAUUACGCUGCUGAAAUAAGACAUUUCUUUACUUUUGUUGAGAAAUAGCAAGACAUAAAUUGAAAAGUGUUGUUUUUGUCAAAAAAAUAUAAUUUAGAAUCAGGUGGUGUUCAUGUAUAAAAUUAUAUGUUAAUAAAUAAAUAUUAUUAGUUUUAGAAACAA